CACAUGCUGACCAGCUUAUUUCUUCUCUAAACGAGGAUGAGUUGCAGAGUCCAUUCAUUCCAUUUGAACCAAGCUCAACAGAUUUGCAUUACAGAGAUCCAAACAUUUACAAAGAAAUGCUUACCACUAUUGCAGUGCUCGAGAAAGUGAAGCUGAAAGAUGAAGUAAAAACAGCCAUUAAGUUUUCCGCCCAAAUUGAUGGAUCUGUAGACACCAUGCAGCGUGACAACAAGUUUCUAUUUCUAAAAUGCAACUCUCCUGAUAACUCAUUAGAAAUCAAGACAAAGUUUGUUGGUGUAACUGACUCGGAUUUAAAAGGAGCUGCUGGCUUAGAAGAUUGUGUUCUUACGGGCUUAGAACCAAUUGAAGUAGACAUACUUGUAAUGAAAAUGGCGAAUCUGCUAAUAUACAGGAUCUAAAUCUGGCUUGUGGAAGAGGUUAGUCAUGUGGAGCGAAAACUGAUGAACUUUUGGUGUGCUUGCCAUCGUUCUUACCUUGCAAUGGAAGAUAUGGAAGACAGUGUUCAGUUGAAAGUUUGGAAGUCAAAUCUACUUUCCAUCCCAGAAUACUACCACAAGUCUGCCGUCAGUACGAAAGAACUGACAAAAGUUUUUCCUACCAUGAAGGCUUUCCCCACUUACCACAAUGUGCGGUUUUCCCAGCAUUUAAACAAUGUCUGUAUUGCUGUCCUUCAUAAUCAAAUUGGAUGCCUACAGCACUGGGAUAAUAUUUCAAAAAGUAGUGAUUUUGAUACAAGGGAAAGAAAACGUGCUGAUUGUUUCAUUAAGCUGUGGAAAAAGGAUGGAAUACAGUCAUAUAUCACUUCCAUUUUGUCUGAUGUAUGAUUUGUGUUUCUGAUCUUGCAGAAGUACUUCCAGAAAGUUUGCAUUGUUCUUCCUGACAUCAUGAAGCACAGAGAUAUAGCACUCCCGAAUCUCAGAUCUAUGUUAGGUACACCAUAUGCUGGUGGUUCUGAAGAAACGUGGAUAAAAGAAAUUGGUCCCUUAGAUGCUGAACGAUCUGGACAAUCUGCCGAGUCAUCGACGCAAGCAAAGAGAACGCACACCUUAAUUGAUGGUUAUCAUCGGAGACGACCAUUUACUACCAUACGAAAUGAGCUGAUUAUUAAUGCAGCAAUCAACUUCCUUGAGCAAAGAUUGGACAAUGAGCAGGAAGGCAUAAUGAAAAUCAUUGUUGACAUCUGUGGUGCAAAAUCAAUAAAUGAUUUUGUUGUUGCCUCAACACCACUACUCGAAUGCGCAGGUAUAGUUGGUGAUGAUGUGAAGGAAUUCACCGACGCUGUUUUCGAGAUAUUUGAUGACCUGAAACCUAAUUCAUACGUUUUGGAAAAAGAUUACACAGUCAGGAUAUUACAUGUGCUGCUAAAAACCAACGUCACUUUUGAGAAUUGA